CCCAGCUUUUGUCGGGGUGCUAGUAAUCGAGCCAUACCUUCAGCCUUAUCAGGCGACCGUCUGCAGGUACGAAGAUGUGGCGCGGAGGGCGUUUGGGGUGGGGACGUUUGGUGAGCACAGCUGUGGCUGUUAUGCUGUGUGUUGGCCUGGCCCGCGGCACCGCCCAGAGCCAAGUGCUGGCCGAACUCCUGCAGGACUACGACGUCAACGAAUGGCCUGACGCAGAGCACAAACACCCGACUACUGUUAGGGUGCAGAUGUUUAUCAACUCCUUUGGCUCUCUCAAUGCUGCGAAUAUGGACUACACCAUCGACGUGUUCCUGCGGCAGCGCUGGGUCGAUCCGCGGCUUCGGCUGAAGACCGGCCAAAAACGCAUUACGGUGUCCAAUCCAGAGAUGCGAGGCAGAAUCUGGAAGCCGGACACAUUUUUCAAUAACGUGAAGGACGCGGAGGUGCACCAGGUCUCCAUGCCCAACAUCCUCCUGAGGAUCGGCAACACGGGCAACGUUCUUUACAGCAUGAGAAUCACACUCAAGCUGUCAUGCAUAUUGCAGCUAGAGAACUUUCCCUUCGACGCCCAGCAGUGCAACACUUUGCUUGCUUCUUAUGCCAACACUGAUGAUGUCAUCAAAUACCGAUGGGAGGAAAACGUGCCCAUCGAUCUCCCAGACAACUUGGAGAUCGCGCAGUACGACCUCCUCGGUCAUUCUACACACGAAGUCAAACAGGAGUUCGUCACAGGUAAUUUCAGCGGUCUGCUCGUAAAGUUUAGCCUUCGUCGCCAAAACGGCUACCACGUCCUUCAGACCUACGUGCCCACUAUCCUCAUCGUGUCCAUCUCGUGGGUGUCCUUCUGGCUGGACCCGAACGCCGUGCCCGGGCGAGUGUCCCUCGGCGUCACCACUCUGCUCACCCUCACCACCCUCGCCUCGGGUACCCGCGCUUCCCUACCGCCCGUGUCAUACGUCAAGGCUAUCGACGUAUGGAUUGGCAUGUGCAUGAUCAUGGUGUUCGGGGCGCUGCUGGAGUUCACGCUCGUCAACUGGCUCGCCAACAGGAAGGUCGCGCCGGACUGCCAACCCGUGUUCAAGAUCCCCAAACUGCUGGCCAGCUUCGAUGAAGAGGUGGGCUGGCAGAAGGAUCAGGAGGGAGAGGAGGAGAAGGAGACAGGGAAAGGCGUAGAGAAAAGGGACCAAACUGCCGCCCGCGCAGAGGAUGAGCUGCCCAAAACCCCAACCACUUACAUCGGCCACGCCCGCGCCUUCGACCGCCUGUGUCGCGCCGCAUUUCCGGGAGGCUUCCUGAUUUUUAACUUCAUCUAUUGGCCAUACUACCUCACCCAUCAGACCCUGGAGGCAACCACCGCCUAAGUUUGUCGUUAACAACCCCUGGCGAAGUUCUUUCCAAAGUAAAGAUAACUUAUCUUUA